GAUUACGACGUAUCCUGUCUGACGUAGAUCUAGCGGUGAAAGAGAACAUUCGAGAGGUAACCAAUGUUACCGUGGUCAAAUUGGCUAAUGUAGUGUUGGUGUGUGUCAGUUACAUGUUAUUGAUAUCCCAAUUCAGAGGGUGCCCCGAAUAUUCUUACAAAUACGGCAACAAUCUGCUAGUUCACUCAUCUCCGAAGUUUACGAUUCGUGAAUUUCGUUCUGCCCACUGAAUUCUUAAGGCGCAAUUCAAGCCAAAACACACCAGUUAUCGGCAACUCUUCACUGCGACUCUUGGACGACCAGCGUUGUUUAUGUCUUUGUUUUACGAAAACGAGCUGUUGCGCAGCUGUUGGAACCUGUGUGGAGGAAGCCUAGUCUACGAGCAAGGAGCUUGCGGCCACAGUGGCACAAAUAUUUUCAUGUCAGAGACCGAGCACGCUUGCAGUCGUUUAUGUCAUCCCCUCUUUUCCAGACAGAAGAUCCCGAAAAAUCCACAUUCAAGAUCUUUUUAUCUUACUGAUAGUGUUAAUACCCAGUCAAAAUGUCUGUCAAUGUCAACCGCAGCGUGGCAGACCAGUUCUAUCGCUACAAGAUGCCCCGUCUGAUUGCUAAGGUUGAGGGCAAAGGAAAUGGAAUCAAAACAGUCAUUGUCAACAUGACCGAUGUUGCAAAGGCACUGAAUAGGCCUCCAACAUAUCCAACCAAAUUCUUUGGUUGUGAGCUUGGUGCUCAGACCCAGUUUGAUGCGAAGAAUGACCGCUACAUCGUCAACGGAUCCCAUGAGGCAAAUAAGUUGCAGGACAUGCUAGAUGGAUUUAUCAGGAAGUUUGUGCUGUGUCCUGAGUGUGAUAACCCUGAAACCGAUCUGCAUAUCAAUCCUAAGAAACAAACAAUUGGUAACUCCUGUAAGGCCUGUGGAUACCGUGGCAUGCUAGACACACGACACAAGCUCUGCACGUUCAUCCUCAAAAACCCACCAGAAAAUGAACCUGGGUCUGUGAAGGAGAAAAAAGAUAAGAGAAACCGUAAGAAGGACAAAGAGAAUGGAUCUGGUAGCGGAGAGGCUGGAAACCAUAACGACAUAGAUGCCCCUGUUGCUGUGGAUGGUGAUGAUGAUGAUGAUGAAGAUUGGGCAGAGGAGACCACGGAAGAGGCACAGAGACGAAGAAUGGAGGAGAUAAGCGACCAUGCCAAGAACCUGACACUCAGUGAGGACCUGGAGAAGACACUUGAGGAGAGGGUCAACAUAUUCUAUAACUUUGUCAAACAAAAAAGGGAGGACUGCACUAUUGAUGCAGCUGAUAAGGAGAUCUUGGCAGAGGCAGAGCGUCUGGAUGUGACAGCCAUGGGACCACUGAUCCUGAGUGAACUGCUGUUUGACGUGAACAUCCGAGACCAGAUCAAGAAAUACAAACGCCAUUUCCUACGUUUCUGUGUAAACAACAAGAAAGCUCAGAAGUACCUCCUGGGAGGCUUUGAGUGCCUGAUUAAACUACACCAAGCCCAGCUGCUGCCCCGUGUGCCUGUCGUCCUGAAAGACCUAUAUGAUGCGGAUCUACUGGAAGAGGAUGUUAUACUGGCCUGGGCAGACAAGGUGUCCAAGAAAUAUGUGUCUAAGGAACUUGCAAAAGAGAUCCAUGCCAAGGCUGCUCCUUUUAUCAAGUGGCUGAAGGAGGCAGAAGAAGAGAGUGAGGGCAGUGAGGAAGAUGAAAAUGUGGAGGUUGUGUAUGAUUCUUCUGUUCGGGAACUGAAAGUGGAAACCGUAAAACCGGACAAGCCUAGUGAGGAAGAGGACGACUUUGAUAUUGAUGCAAUUUAAAUAAAAAAUUUAAGGCAAGAAUUUUGAGUAGUUGUAGCUUUGAACCACAUUGUCAACCAUUGUCAAAUUGCUAGCCUUCCUUUCCCUACACUGGCUGAUUUGUGGCAUGUUACAGUGCUUUGAUAUACCCUACAAUAACUUUGUAAUUUUGAGUUUAAAAUCUGAAAGGUGUAUUUUAGGAAUUUUGAUCUUGGUUUUGGUUUUUUCAGUCAUUAAAGAAAUGUUUUGCUAUCCACAA